UGAGGCCGUUAUUUAUAUUAAAGACCCUUGUAAGCUCGUUUAAAUCCGUUCCUAACGUUAUUCUUCUUGUAAGGAAGUGAAUAAGGUAGAGAAAUGUAUUAGUCAUCUUGCCCCUCUGGAGGUAAAAUGGCGAAUUUCUGCUUAUAUUUCCGAUUUUUGACCUUCCUCAUCGCGAAUCCUGAAGAAGGAAGCUGUAAUAUAUACUUCUAGAUGAUCUUAUCAUCAUCAUCUUAUCUUAUUUUCUCUUAAUUAACAUAACAGAAAAUGCCAUCAUACGUUCUGAAGUGUUCUAAAUGUUAUUUGACUUCGAGUGUCUGUAUGUCUGUCUGCAGCAAUUGAACCCACUCUAACUAAAAAAUGGCCGAAAGUAGAUAGACAUAAGUGACUUCUGUACCAAGAAAGCGAUGUCUGCUGAUUUUCAGUACGUGCCAAAACCGGAAACGGAAGCAGUUAAGAUAUUCGCCUGUCGUCACCCGUUUCCACAAUGGAGCGCAAUAUUAAAGAUGAGUCAGGCGCCAGUCACAAUAGAUUUGAAUGAAAUUACCAAAAAAUUGGCUGCCCUAAAUGAAAUUUUAUAAUAGAUUAUGGAAAUUUUCGAUACCUUCGUGCGUUUAAAUUGAUGCUUAAUUCUUCCAGAUGAUCCGAUUGUCUCUAGAUUUUUAAACAUUUUCUAUAGAUUUAAACGUAAAAUUCCUCAUCUAGAUUAAUUUAAACACAAGAAAAACGUGUGCGCAAUGUUCACAAUGCCUCGAUUUAUGCCUAUAAAUAGUUAUAAGCACAGAAAGAUGCUUAAUCCCCGUGAAAAAUCUUUCUCGAGCAUUUUCUAUAGACUUAAAGUCCAGAGAUAAUCGGAUUAUCUGUGGAUUUGAAGCAUUUUCUAUAGAUUUAAACGCAAAAUUCCGCAUCUAAACAAACUUAAACACAAGAAAAGAAACGUGCUGCAAUAUUUACAAUGCUUCAUUCUGUACCUAUGAAUAUUUAUAGGCACAGAAAGAUGCUUAAUCCCUCUUUAGAUGAACCGAUUAUAUCUGGAUUUUAAGCAUUUAAAAAAAGCAAAAUCUCUCAUUUAAAUUAAUUUAAACACAAGAUAAACGUAUGUGAGAUAUUCGCCAAUGCCUCAGUUCGUGCCUAUAAAUAUUUAUAGGCACGAACUGAGGCAUUAAAAUUACGUAAAGUUGUCUGAACGUCACAUCACAAUACAUCUAUAAUUACAGAUAGGAAGGGCGAUAAACAGGAAAUUAAUUUCUACUUCCUUAGAACCAUACCCAAAUUCUACGAAUUAGAGUUAUAAAAAUUUAAUUUAUAUAUAUAUUUUUUAAUUAAUAAAUAUGGCAUAGAUGACGAGAAGAUAAGUGUUUUUUUUUUUUCUUGUUGGAGAAGGUCGACAUCCUUUUCUGGAUACGAGAAUCCGACUGUACAAUAAUUUAUGUAAUACUUUAUGACGUAAUGAAUUACGACCCCGUCUAGAAAAAUAUCUCUGACCUAUCCUGUUACAUUAAUUAUAUAUAAAUAGAGUAUUUCUCUUACAGAAUCCGAAUUUUUGAUGUUCUAGUUUGUGGAAUUCUAGUGUAAUUGUGAUGGGAAUUUUACGUUGAACUCUUGUUAAUUUAUAUGUUUGCAUAUUUUUGGCUCGUUUGUUUGUCUGUUCGUUGCCGCCUUCCUGUUUCUAGUUAACAAAUUAACCUGCUGCUUGUUUAGAUUCGCUGUUGAAGUCUAGGAAAGUUCUGCAACAGCGUGGUUUUAAUUUCUAGAGAGGAAUUCUGGAGGUGCUUUCGUUUCGUUUGUAAGCGGAUCAUCGUGCGUAAUUGAGCAGUAAAAUAGGCUUAUAAUGCUAAAAAAACGCAUACCAGAGCUUCCCGGUGCGUUAAAGUUAAUUCUGGAAUUGUUAAUGCAGCGUAAUUUUGAGUGAUAAUCUCUUAUAACGUUCUCGCCUUUGUGAAUUCAAGCUUGCUGCGACUCGCGAACGUCGCGUCGCUCUCGGAAUUAUUUCCUAAAAAAUCGAGUUUUGUAUACGAUUUAUGAUCCUGUUCUCUGUGUAGAUUCGUUUUGACAGUCAUUUCCGUUGUGUGAAUUGUUAAAAUCGAUUAUGAUAAUUUUUUUUUUAGGUUUGAUGCAGGACGCGAUGCGACACACGAGAAAUCGCUCGCUCUCGCGUGUCGCGCAGUUAAACCGAUCGCAUGUCGUUUGCGAAGAGCUAAAGAUAAAAGUUUGCGUUUCUACCUUUUUAAAUUGGAUCAAUUAAACGGAUGUGAUAAUAAAGAUAACUAUUUUUAUUGUAGAUAGUAAAUACAGUAACUCGCGUGCGAUGCGAAGCGACCACGCGACACGCUACGCGCUUCGGUUACAGGGCAGGAAAGAUUACGAACUUUCUCAUUUACUAAACAUUCUUUAGCUGUGUUUCAUUAAUAAAUAAAGAAAUCCCUUUUAUCUCGUGCUCCUUACUGUUAUUUGAGCCACUAACAGCCGUUACGACUGAGUAAUUGCUAGAUAUUCAAUCAAUUAAAGUGUAUCGAGUUGAUCAAAAAAUUGUCUCGCGCUCCUCGCUCGAAAGAGGGGGGAACCACGACUAGUUAUUUACGUAAGCAGCAACGUAAUUAUAAACAGAACGGAGGCGUUAUUAACCGGACGUCCUAGUCACAUCCUGUCGUUUAUAAAUUGACCCAAGAUCAGUUAAUUUGCGUUAAUGACUCCAAGGAUCAAAGUAUCACACCUUGUCGAAGACACGAGAUGUUCCGAAAGGAAAUGAAAUUCACCCCAAUUUUUGUGUUCCUGGAUCAGAUUUAUGUAUUCUGGAUGCUUUAUAAAUUAUGCAGCUUCCUCCGGAUAUUAAAAAAAAUGCAGAAAAAGUAUGAAACGUGAGGCAUGACGAUGGUAUCAGCUGAAGUUUUUGUAUGGUUCAACGAGAUUUUUCAUUAGAAAAAUGGCCGGUUUUUACGUAAAAUUUCAGAGUUUUUGAUCUCUCGUUUGGUUAGGAUCCAGCUAUAAGUGAUUUCGAGUGAGAAUGGAAGCGGAUUUUCUAGCUACAAGUCGAAGAAUCUCCUCCCUGUUAAGUGUUAAACUGAGACAACGAUGGGCAUCAGUUGGAUUUUUGUACGAUUCAACGAGUUUUUUUGUUGUUUCACUAGAAAAAUGACCCUUUUUGACAAUAAAGCUUCAUAAUUUUGGAUUAGUAAGUGAUUUCGAGUGAGAAAGAAAGCGGGUUUUCUUGCUACAAGUCGUAGAAUCUCCCCUGCUGUUUGUAAGAAAAUACUCUCUUAGGCUGUUGUUAGGGGUGCAUCUAUAGCUUUUACACCCCCCUCAUUGCUGAGGUUUCGUAGUUUAAAGGUACUAAAAUCUAUAAAGAUUCACCUAAAUCUGUUCCUGCUGCGAAUUACGUAAUGCCUGCCACUGAUUCGUACUAUACCACGGGAUAUUGUAUAAUAUAUCAUAACUGAAGCACGCAUUACACAUUUAGAGAAUAGCGAUUCUCGGGUAGUGUUAUUUAAAUAAAGAAUUUAAUUAUUUCGGAUUUAAAAAGCAGUCUGAACGUAAAUGAAUUCUUUUUAUCUGUAAAAGGCGUUUCCUCGCAGGAAUGAAUGGUCAGUGUAAUAGUAAACCAGGAGGAAACCAUCCUCUAUCACCGUGUCACGUGAUUGCGAGUGUAACACCUCCCUCUGUUCGUGGAGGAGCCGUUCUGUGUCGGUAUGCGCGCGUUUACAAGUUAAAAGAUGGGACGUUUGAGAUACGGGAAGUGGAUCGAUUCCAGUAUUUGGCCAAAUGCUGCUCACAAGGCAGAUUCCAAGUUUGCCAUGUCAACACCAGAUUUGACAAUCUUGUAUAGUCAAGAUGGAAAAGAAUGGGAUCAGUAUCUCACAGACUGUUUUCAGCUGGAUUCGGAACCAGUUACACUAGAAAUCAAUCACGAGAAAUUAGAAGAUCUCCCUUUUCCUCUUCCUUGUUCGAGGGUGCAGAGUUUUUCCAAUUCAAAGGCCGUUCUAGUCAUUCUGUCUCCCGACUUUUUGGAAUAUAUCGACUCCCAUCCCACAGAGGUUUUUGAGCUGGGUCAGUUGCUGAAACAGAAUCGAACCGUAGCUAUGCUGUGCGGCAUCUUAGAUUCGGAUGUAACAACAUUUCAUAAGGCAUCUCUAGUGUACUAUGAUUCUUGGCCUCAUCUAGUUGCUCGAGAUCAAGAUAUGGAUUUUGUGGUGGCUGUCAUUCAUACCACACAGGAAAUCAUAGAAAGGACGCAUAUACAGAAACCCCAAUUUAAGUUAUCACCUAGAAAAGUUAAAGAGGGAAAUGGUAAAGUAUUUGUUAUAUUAAAAAAUCCCAUAAAUGAAACACAAAAGAUUCAAGUGUUACUGAAUGGAGACGGAGUCCACAAAGUACCUGUGAAAUAUAGAAAUGCUUACACUUUGCAGUUUGUAAUACCAGACAACAUGAUGCAAAAAUGUAAAAUCAUGAAUGUAUUGGUUCAGUGUGAUGAUUAUUUACUUGGUAUUAGACCAUUGAAAUGUGAAUCAAAAAUGAGUGAAUUAUACAGUCUUCUCUCAGUAGUCAACUCUCCAUUUGACUUUCUUUGCAGUACAUUGGGAGUCAAUUCCCUCUCUGAAAUAGAUGCCCAAUUAACAAAGAAUUUUAAACAUAAUAAAAACAAUUUACCAUCACCAGGAUUUUCUUUAUUAGAAUCUUAUCAAAAUUUAGAUAGAAAGAAAUGUGAUGAGGAACUUCCCACUUUACUUCAUUUUUCUGCUCGUUAUGGUUUAAAAGAGUUAACUUCACAGUUGCUCCAAUGUCCAGGAGCGACACAAGCUUGUGGUCUGCGAAACUCUAGAGGCUUAAUUCCUUCACAGCUAGCCUAUCAUGCAGGAUACAAUGAUAUUUCUAAACUGUUAGAUGAUUUUAAGAAAUUGACUGAAACUGAAAAAUCCAUCCAGACUAUGGAAUUAAGAAAAUCUCAUUUGUCUACAGUUUAUGAACAAAUGAAAGAAUGUCCUGGUUCCCUGUAUGAUGUCCCACUUCCCAAUCCCAUACCUGUUCCUAACGUCCAAAAAUCAUGUACCUCCUCCUCUUCUUCAGCAGAAAAUGAUUAUUUAGGAAUGCUUGGUUUCAAGCCCGCUGAUGUUGAUAAUUUGGAACCUCAUAAAAAGCUACUCUUGGGUUUAGAUACUCCGAAAGAACUCUUAGAUAAUCUUAGUAGUUUAUCAAUUGAUAAUCCUUCAGAUUCUUUGGAAAAUUUAACAGGUGAGAGCCAAAUUAUUUACUUGUUUCAUGUGGUAAGGUAAUUAUUUCCCUAAUUGAAGAGCAAAGCCACAUUCUAAGAAAUUUGGGUUUAUGACUCUUCAAAUAAUUCCAAAUUUUUACAAAAAUGUUUUUCAAAUUAUCAUUCAGUUUCUGGUUAAGACGACUCAUCUUUGUUAUUUGUAUAGGAUCUACUUUAUAUGUGAGGAGAUCAUGACCUUGUUCUCUUGUUUUAUUAACAAAGGAAUUGCUUAUGAUGAUCUUUAAAACAAAAGAAGCAGAAUAACUGUAACAUUCCUUGAUUAUUCCGCUUCUU